AGUUUAUAUCCAGUACAUUUGUGAAAGGUAUAUCUUGUUAACAAAAAGAGGUGUGCUUUAUUUAAAUAGUUCAUGUUUAAUUCAUAUGGUUUUUUUUUAUUAUUGAAUGGUGAAUUCCAUCGAUUUUUUACCGGGCCCACAUUACAACAUUUUGUAGAAAGCAAUAUAUACAUAAAUAUUUGUGUAGGAUUAUGUUGUUACUUUGUGAGCAUUUACAUGAGUGAUACCAGUUUUAUUAUACCCUGAAAAGGUAUAUUAAACUUGCCUCGAUGUUUGUUACACCCAAAAGGAAACGUCGGAGACUGUUGAAAGUAUGUACAUAAGUAUGUAAGUGAUCAGCGUGACGAGCUGGGCUGACGGUUUAGCCAUCUGUAUACACUCAAACGCACGUAAUUUUCUCACCACAAAGCUGAGUAGUUUGUAGGAAUCACCGAUAUCGGACAAUUAUAGCAUAUAGCUGCAAUACAAAUUGAUCAGAUCGAUUUACCGUAGCAUAUAGCUUUCAUACAAACUGACCGUUCAAUAUCAAUAUAAAGAUAUUUUUAUAUCCUUUUCCUAUAAGAAAUGCACCUGUCAAAGGUAUUAUAGCUUCGGAGCGUCAAUUUGUUCUUGAUCUUUUUUCAUUUCAUAUAUAAUAUUGAUUAUAUUAUAUAAAUUUAGUAGAUAUUUUUACAUCCUUUGUAAUCAAUAGCAUAAUUUAUUUCUUUAGUACCUAUGCAUUUCUAUAACAUCCGGGAAAUCCUGUUGUAAUAUUUUAAUAAACGAUGUCAGUUAUAAAAUAAAGUCAUCCGAAAAUAUCAAAAAAACCUGAAUAGCAAAUUGAACUUAAUACGAAAUUUUACGUAUUUGUAAUAAAGCCAUAAUUAUAAAGAAAUAAGUGUUUAUAUAUAUAUAUAUAUGUAUAUGUGCAUAUUAAAUACGGAAUACCCAUUAGUCACUGAGGGCAUGUUUAGAUAAAAAUUCAAAGCUGCAUAGUCUAAAAACCGACUAAUGUACAUGGCAACAAAAUCAACAUAUAAUUAUGCAGAGCAAAAUAAAAGGCCAUUGCCUUCUGUUUAAUACAAAGGCAACACGUAUACGCACAAAACGACAACAACAAAUAUAAAUGCAUAUGUAUAUGAAACAACUGCAGUAGUACGAGUAAUACGUUGCAAAAAGUAGAAAAACUAGUAUUUGCUUAAAAAUCUAACAAGUGUUGUUUUCCUUUCCACGCUCCUAACCCCAACAAAUCACCACUCACUACAAUCUAAAUCGUAGGUGGCGAAUUCAGUAAAACAGUGUAUCAACAUGGUCGGUCGAGUACUGGUCUACGGCGGCAAAGGCGCUUUGGGCUCUGCCUGUGUUUCCCACUUCAAAUCGAACAACUACUGGGUGGGUAGUAUUGAUCUCAGCGUGAAUGAGGAAGCGGAUGCAAGUAUCGUAUUACCUCGUGAGCUUAGUUGGGAGCAACAAGAAGCUGAAGUGUUAACAAAGGUCGGUGACGCUUUAAGCGGUGAAAAAUUGGAUGCUGUAAUUUGUGUUGCAGGUGGCUGGGCGGGUGGGAAUGCCUCCAAAGAUUUGGCUAAAAAUACUGAUUUAAUGUGGCGCCAAAGUGUUUGGACAUCAACUAAUUCGGCUGCAGUAGCAUCCAAAUACCUAAAAGAUGGCGGUUUAUUAACCCUCACGGGCGCGCAACCAGCUUUACAAGGCACAUCCGGCAUGAUCGGUUAUGGCAUGGCCAAGGCUGCUGUCCAUCAGCUAACACGUUCGCUGGCUGGGAAAAAUUCUGGUUUACCAACUGAUGCCAUUGCGGUUGCGAUAUUGCCAGUUACUUUGGAUACACCAAUGAAUCGCAAAUGGAUGCCGAAGGCAGAUUUUGGUACAUGGACUCCUUUAAGUGAAGUUGCCGGGCUUUUCCAUAAAUGGACUCAAGGCAAGGAGCGACCAAAUUCUGGAGCUCUAGUACAACUGAUAACUAAGGAUGGUGUUACACAAUUGGUAGAAGCUGAGAGGAACUGAAUAUUGGCAUGUUUGUGGAAAAGCGUCAAAAUUCGACUCGUGAACGUUAGGGAAAUAGGCGUAUGAUACAAACGUACAUACAUAUGAACAUGUAUAUAUUUAUCGAUUAACAGAUCGCAACUUAUAGAUAAUAUUAAAUAUUAAUUCCAAAAGUUUGAAUUUAAAGUUGAUAUGAAUAUAUGUACAUAUAUACCAACUCGCUUACAAAGAUGUCUGCAUUAAAUGUUUAAAUAUAUUGUAUUGGAUAUACAUACAUAUUAAAAGA